AUGUCUGUGACAAACAUGAUAUUUAGGAAAAAUGAAGAGCAUGUUGAAGGACUGAAUUCUGUGGUCUUGACUCAGGAACAGGGAGGGGGUAAAGUACAGUUUGAGGAUUGCCAGGCCACCGCUGACUGGCUCCUGUCCCAGACUGCAGUGCGCCCUCUGGUGGGCAUCGUGUGCGGUUCGGGUCUGGGUGGAUUGGCUGAUGCUCUGAAAGACCAGGUCCUUCAACUACCGGGACAUUCCCAACUUUCCUCAGAGUACAGUUCACGGUCGGGUCGGCUGGUCUUUGGCACUUUAAAGGGCAGGCCGUGUGUCUGCAUGCAGGGGCGCUUUCAUCUCUAUGAAGGAUAUCCCAUCCAGAAGAUUACGAUGCCGAUGCGGAUUUUCAAGAUGCUGGGUGUGGAGACAGUGAUUCUUACCAACGCUGCUGGCGGUUUGAACCAAGAUUAUAAAGUAGGAGACAUCAUGAUCAUCAAAGACCACCUCAACAUGCCUGGAUUUGCAGGAGGAAACAACCCUCUGGCGGGACACAACGACGAAAGCGUUGUGGACUUGAAACCCGUAACCAACUACAUCUCCGACAUUGUGGCGCAGGAGGAGCAGAUAUACUGUACUGGGCCUUGA